AUGUACGGUCCACUAUUAAUGAAUGCUUUGAAGAGAUAUGUACCUAUAGUAACUCUGCCAUUCGCCGGCAUAAUUGGAUUCAUUGGAUACAAUUUAGAAGGAUGGUUAUCAGACAAAUAUACACCGUCCACUGAGCCUGUCAUUGAUCAGCGUACGGAAAGGCUGUUAAAAAACAUUGAUUCCGAUGGAGUUCAAUCAGCGAAAGUUAAACACAACCCGUUAGAUGUAAAUUUGUCUCCUUCACUGUCUAAUGUUAAUAAUAACAACGUGACUGUAGACAUCACCAGGUCGAAGAAUGCUGUCCGGAAAGUUUUCAUGAUUGAUAGCAUCCGGAUAGUUUUGAGUUUCAAGACAGAAAGCCGCAUGCUUGAAGUAAGUCUGGCCUUCCUUGCCAGCGAUACCAGUAGCGUUUCUAUCUGGAAUAAAAUUGCUGGUGUACAAUUGAACGCCCGGCUGAUCGGAGUAAACUUCAAGCGUUCUUCCAGACUCUGGAUGUUUGACUUUGGCAACCAAACGUUUAUUAUCACUCUUUGACUUCUUAUCUUCAGUAAGGCAGAAGUUGUAAUCAUACCCUCCGCCUGGAACUUUGUCAAUAACAUCACCUAAAACUGUAGGCGAUCUUAAGUCCAUAAUGCUGUUAGCUACGGAUCUUAUUUCACCCGUUGGAAUGCUCUCAGCGUCAGUUACUGUCCAACGAUCCGCGUUCAUAGUUAUCGAAUGUUUGUACAGUUCUGCUGAAUUAGUACCCUGAAACAUAAACAU